UGACGCGUCGCUAAUUUUAGAAAGCGAAAGUAAACUGCAAGCGAAAUUUAAGACGGGGCCUCGUGUGAAAGACUGCGGACAAAAACUCAUGUUCAUGAUACAAUUAUGAUUUUAUUAUUGCUCUUUUGUGUGUGUAAACCAUGUACAUUAAGUUUAUUGUUGUAGUAGCAAUACUCCUGGUAGUCGCUGAUGGCUUCACUUUGCGAGGUCCAUCUGCUCCUCUGGUUGCUCCUCUGGGAUCUUCACUGGUUUUGCCCUGUUAUACUGAUGAACCUUUGUUACCAGUGAAGGGUCUGGAGGUGAAGUGGAGAAGAACAGACUCAGAGACUCUGGUUCAUCUGUUUCUAGAAGGUGAGAGUCGACCAGAGGUCCAGCAGCAGGAUUAUCAGGACAGAGCUCAUUUCUUUACUGAUCAGAUUCAACAUGGAAACUUCUCCCUCCGUCUGGACAAUCUGACAGCUGAAGAUGAGGGAAAUUACACAUGUAAAGUUUACAGUCAGCAGGAUUCAGGAGAGACUGAGGUUCAAAUAAAAGAUGUUGAGCGUCUGCUGGUAUCAGGAUCGAGUCGCUCCACAUCGGCAUAUGUGGGUGAUGACGUCACUCUGAACUGCUCUAUCGACUCUCACAUCAAACCUGAACACAUUGACGAGGUUUCAUGGAGGAAAACAGAUGAAGAUGAAGAUUUUACGGUUCUGCUUUACCAGAAGAAUGAGGUUUUUCCAGGUUCAUCAGAUUUGCAAUACAGAGACAGAGUUGAGUUCUUCACUGAUGAAAUCCCCAAAGGAAACUUCUCUCUCAGACUGAAGAGUGUCAGAACUGAGGACAAAGGAGUUUACAUCUGUCAUGUGUUUGCUGGAGGACUUUCAGCCAAUACAACUGUGGUACUGGAGAGACUGGGUUUCUCUUCUCGGCACAUAACUGUGUUGUUUUUCUGUCUCGUUGCUGGAUUUGGAGCUGUGCUUCUGCUCUGUUGUCUGAUCUACUGCAGAGUUAAAAACACAGAAAACAGCAGAACAAUCUGGAAUCUUCAUCUUUCUCUGGUCUUUUGUCCAAAUGUCUGCAUGUUCUCCGCCUUCAUCCUCUGGGCUCUCACUGAAGGAUUUCUCCAUGAGACCGUCACUUGCUGCGCUCUGUUUAUUCUGAGGCCUGUCAUGUUGAUUUGGGCUUUGUCUUAUUUAAAGUAUCUCCAAGACGACAUUAAAACAUGGAUCCGGUUUUUCAGAAUAACCAGUGAAUUUACUGUUUUCACAGUCGUUGUUUAUUCAGUUCUUUUUGCAUAUGGCUGGAGAAAGACUGCACAUGAUACAGACUGGGGACGUCGUGUAUUUUCUGGACUAUGCUUUGGAGGAGUUCUGCUGUCGUGUCUCACCCUGAGUGGAAUGGACCUCAGAAGGCUAUGCAGUCAGGAGCGGCCAAGACGGGUUUCCUCAAUCAUACGAAUUCUAUCUCUUUGGUUGGAGAUUUUUUUCUUGUCUUUUUUUCAAUUGUUCCAGUUGUUCUCCUCAUUUGCAUCUCCCUCUCCAGCACUUUUUGUUGUACCAUGGGUUGCAGCACUGCUGCUUCGCUGUAUACCACUUUUACCUCGUCUACAAGCAAAAUUCAAAUUUCUCCAGAGAGGAUGGAUAACAUUAUUGUGGAUGAUAACAAUACCACUCCUAGAUAUCAUCCUUGUGAUUUAUUUUCUUCUAACCGUAUUGGAAAGGGAGAAAGAUUACUUGGGAUGGAUCUGCGUCAUUUUAUUUCUGGAAGUCCUGAAGAUGGUCGUGGUCUUUGAAUACUGUGUGACAGUUUUCAGUUUUGUUUUAACACGGGCAGAACAUUCAGGAAACCAGAGACGACAACAAAAGACUGAGACGAACCAACAACGAUCAAAUACAUUGGUCCUCUGUAAUUUCAUCAUGUACAUGUUUGGAGCAGUUGGUCUUGUGUUGUUGAACUCUGUUACACUGACAGCAGAACUGAUCCUCAAAGCACGUAACGGUGAGCGCGUCUUGAAGGAUCUGAGACUCAUCGUCUUCCCUUCCGAAUGUGUCUUUGCCUUGUAUUGGCUGAUUUUACUAAUGCACGCUUACUGGAAGGAUGUUACAUCUAAAUUUACACACAAUCGAAAGAACACACAUCAAAGACACAGCCGUCAGCUCAGGGACUCAGCAGAGACUCAUGAAAUGGAGAAUCUGUCCGCACCUGAUUCUGCUCUUUCACAGACACAGUGAUUGAGAAUCGGACUCUUCCACAUUUCUCGUGCGACUGACUUCCCUCUCCGACUGUAAAAGAGAAGUUCGUCUGGGGUAAAAACCAACUCAGUUUGACUGAAGACUUCGAAAUGUGUUGUUUUCUGUUGCACUGUAGGACAGUUUUAUACUGGUUGUUGAAUCAUUUCAAGAGUAAACCAUGGCAGUAUUAAAAAUUAUGCUUCUUAUUAACAAAAUGUUUUUGUUUUGUUUUUUCAGAUUUCGGUACAGCGAUUUUGUGAAUGUAUUUUGUUCUAAACAAUGUGAGUAUUUAGUUGAAGGAUAAGUUCGCUAUUUUACAUUUAAAGCCCUGUUUCAAGAUCGUUUCUGAUGAAAUAGAGCGGCUAAGAUUAUAAUUUGGACACAUGCUGCUGUCCUGAGACAUUUCGCUUUCUGUGUUAGAAACUACUGAUUUUUUCCUUAACGGAGUUUCAUAUGUUUUGUAAAUGUUUAUGUGGUUAUUGCACCAGUAUUAGACAUCAGCUUUUAUGGACAGGCUGUUUUUACUUUCAAAUCAAAAUGGAUCUGCUUAUGUUUGUCUUUUUAUUUUGAUAUUGUCUCAGGGUACUGUAUUCAGCUAUACACUGAAGUUGAUAAAUUGGAUUUGCCAAAUACAUUUAUGUAUUACAAAUCAUUUUGUAAAGUGUCUGAAUUUAGUCUAUGUGUGUGUGUGUGUGUGUGUGCCAUACGAUAAUAAAUGUUCAGAGAAUGCUUUCUA